AUGGUAUCCACAAACAAGACUUCCUGGGAUGUUUUCACCCUAAUGGGGUUUCCAGAACAACGAUUAAUGAUAUCGCUUUUUAUUGGUUUAAUCUACACAAUGACUGUCCUAGGAAACCUCUCUGUUGUUGGCAUUGUUCAAGUGGACAGCCGCCUCCAAUCACCGAUGUAUUUUUUCCUGGCGUGUCUAUCUUUAUUAGAUGUCUGUUACUCUUCAGUCACUCUCCCAGCUGUGUUGGCCAAUGCCAUAACAGGUAACAGGAAGAUACCAUUCCAUAGAUGUCUUACACAACUCUAUUUCUUUGUCUGCUUUGGAGGAACAGAAUGUAUUUUUCUGGCUGUCAUGGCUUAUGACCGAUAUGUGGCGAUAUGUAACCCGCUCCACUACACCACCACAAUGAACCAAAAAGUCUGUUACUAUCUUGUAGUAGUGUGCUGGCUCAGUGGAUCAAUGAACGCUGCAUUUCACACCAUGAUGACCUGGAAACUAACUUUUUGUGGUGGCCUAUAUAUCAGACACUACUUCUGUGAUGUUCUCCCAUUGUUACAAGCAGCUUGUAGUGAUAUACACAACAGUCAGGUGCUACUACACGUGGUUACGGCUUUUAUUGGGAUGACGCCAUUCAUACUUGUUACAAAUUCAUACAUCCGUAUUAUUUCCACCAUACUGAAAAUCCGUUCCAACGCAGGAAGGCAGAAGGUCUUCUCCACGUGUUCAUCUCAUCUCAUUGUUGUAACAGUGUUUUAUUCUACUGCCAUCUUCAACUAUAACGGUCCACAUUCGGGAGAUUCCUUUGUCUUUGUCCGAGUGGCAUCUUUUCUUUAUAGUAUUGUUCCCCCUUUGCUGAAUCCGAUUGUUUACUGUCUGAGAAAUAAUGAGGUGAAGAGAGCACUGAGGGAUGUUUUUAGUAAAUUAUACGUUAUGUAA